CUGAGAAAAGCAUUAGUAAAGAUGAAUGAACCUCCCCCUGCAUGAGGUCCUGCAGAAAAGGCCCCGCUCCCUCCCUGGAAACGAUUGCAUAUACUGAGCGUGAGUCACCACCAGAGUUGCAUAUUUGGAGCAGCUUGCAGCAUAACCGAGCACCAAACUCCAGCAACAAUCUGCAACAGGCAGCACUCAUUCCACGCGCAUUCCCGUCAAAUCCGGGUCCAUUGUCCAAAACGUUGCGCAACUGAAAGUGAUAUCACAGGAACCGGCAGCUUGUCUGUGAGAUCCACACGGGACUGGAGGAAAAGCAAGAACGAGGAAAAACGGGGAUUUCUGGAGUUUCGGAAACAACAAAGAAGAAGAAAAAAAUGGCAAAACCUAAUUACAGCGGCACUUAUCAUAUGGUGGAACAGGAGAAUAUGGAUUCCUACCUCGGAGCUUUGGAUGUAAAUUUUGCUCUGAGGAAGAUCGUCUGUCUGUUGAAGCCCACUAAAGAGGUCACCCAUGACCCGGCCACAGGAACCAUGAAAAUCCGCACACUCACCACCUUCAAGAACUUCAACAUGGAUUUCACUAUUGGAAAAGAAUUUACUGAGGACCUUGGGCCAGUGGAUGGCCGUGUGUGUCAGACUACAGUAGAUUGGGACGGCGACAAGCUGGUUUGUGUACAGCGAGGCGAGAAAGAGGGACGAGGCUGGACGCACUGGCUGGAGGGCGACAAGCUGCAUUUGGAGAUGAGAGUCCAAGGAAUCAAAGCCAAGCAAGUCUUCAAGAAGGCAAACUGAAGUCACAGGAAAUGUUUUACAGCGAAUAAUCCUAUUAAAACAAAGUAGCCGGUACAAGAGUCACGUUUAUAGCAUUUUUAUUAUAAUCAGCAGUACUGAAUAUUGAAAACAGAAUAUGAACUGAAUAUGUCUGAUGGGUUUAACAAAGAGAAGAGAGCAGUUUAGCAGAAUGACUGCAUCCUUCCCCAUAUUGCACAAUGUUAUAAAGAAGUCAUAAUUCAUGCA